UUUUUCAGAUAAUUAAAGAAAGAUCUGCAUCUCUGAAAAUGUCUAUUUGUGACCCAGAUACUUCGGAUGAAGAAAGUAAUCAAAACAAAAAAGUUUACAAAUCAAAACCACAGAUGAAGAGAACAAAACUUACUUCACCAAAACCACAAAGGAUGUCUGCCAAACAAGCAAUGGAAAACAUGCAGAAAAUCAAAAGUGAAUCCAACCGCAUGCUCAGAGAAAAAGAAGUGUCUUUACCAUAUCACAGGCCCAAAGCAUUGUCACUGCAAGACAUCAUGAAACGAAGAAAGCCAGCAGUUACUUCAGAUGGGAAAGCCCUCCCCAUUAAAAUGAAUGAAGAACAGUUGAAACAAUAUGUCACAAUGCUUGAACAAAGGCAAAGAGAAAUGAUGGAAUUAUGUAAAAGUGAUACAGAGGAAGAUGAACCCAUUGAUACAAAUGAGGAUAUGAAUAAUAUUCCUGUGAAUAACACGGUUACUGAUAACAUUGGUUCUGAUAAUGCUAAUGAUGACGAAAAAGAUUUUACUGAAGCUCCACAAACAUCAACUGAAGAGAAAGAACUAAACAAAGAAACAUUGUCUGAGGUCAAUGCAAAAUCACCCCAAUGGAAUAGUCAUACAGAUGAAGAAAUUAGAGAAAAUGAUGUGCAUGAAGUUUCUGAAAUAUCUCAUGAAGAAAAGGAACCAAUCAAUGAAAUAUUGACUGAGGUCAAUGCAAAAUCACCUCAAUUUAAUGAAACAAAAGGUGACACUUCUGAAAUUGCAGAGGUUGACCCAAAUAAUAAAGAUAGUGUAGAUGCUAUUAAUAAAUCCGCAGAUUUAUCUGCAGAAAUAGAGCUGGUUUAUAAUGAUUCUGUUGAAGAUGAUACUAUUUCAAAAGUCGAUGUAAACAAUACAGAAGAUAUUGAAAUGGAGAAUAAUGCAGAAACUGAGAAAUUAUUGUCAAAUAAUAUAAAUGAUGAUAAAGUUCAUGAAAAUGAAGGGAUUGUGAAUGAAAAUACAUCAGAAAGCUGUUCUGAAGAUGGUAAAUCUAAAACUGGCCAAAAUAACACUGAAUUAGAAAGUCAGCUAAUAUCUUUACAAUAUAAUGACUCAGAAAAUACUGAAACAAUCAAUACUGAAGACAUUGAAUCUGGUAAUAACAUUUCAAAGGAAGAUGACAUAAGUUGUGACAAAACUAAAAAUAAUUCAGCUGAUGAAUUUGAUAUGACUGAGUUUCCGGAUGAUGAUGCGGAUAUGAAUGAUAUUAAUAUGGAUGAAAUAGAUUCAAUCAUUGAAAAUGCAGAGAUCAUAAAAAAUACUAGUGCAAAUUUUAAUUCACCAGCACUUGUAAGAGACAAUAUACCAGUGUUGAGUGUCAAACCGAAGUUGACAGGAGCCCCAGGAAUGGUGAUUGACUUGGAUGGUACUGAUCCAAAGGCACCAAGGAAAAGUGGUGUUCAAUUGCUAAAAGAGAGAUUUACCUUCUUUUCUAAAUUGAAGACGCCAGAGGAAAUGGAGAGAGAAAGAGAAAAAAGGCAAAAACCUGGCACUCUACAUCUAAAACUAAAGCAAGAAUUAGAAGAAAAAAUUGCUGAGCAAAGAUCUCUUGAAUGGGCCAAACGCCUUGACGGCGAGAAACAGCAGCAAAAGGAAUUAAAUGCUAUCAGAGGUGAAGACUCUGAACCAGAAGAUGAACUUGACAAUUUAGAAGCAAAGUUGGAUGAAGAUGAUGCAGUGGAGAAGGAAUCGUCAUCAGAAGGUGAAGAAGAACCAAUAGAGGAUGAUGUUUGCCUUAAAGACAAGCCAAGGAAAAAGAACUCCUUGAUAGCUGAUGAGGCAGAAGAAUCUGACGAAGAUGGAACAGAACAGGGUGGGGUUGAUGAUGAAAAGACAAAUGAUGAUCAUAAUGAAGAUGAUCUUGAAGAUAAUGCUGAGGUUGAUGAUGAUGUAGACGCAGAUGCCGAAGUAAGCGAGGAAGAUUCCAGUGAAGAAGAUUCUUCGGAAUCGGAAGAUGAGAAGGAGACGACUAAGCCUAAAAAGGGAAGAAUUCUAAAAGCUUUCGAAGAUUCUGAUGACGAAGACACACCUAAAUUAAAUAGCGAUGAUACUGCUCCUGUUGUAACCAAUGUAGCAAGUGAAGUUUCAGAUACUGAUAAACCUUUAACAUUGCAAAGUCAAAGUGACGUAUUUACAGAUUCACAAGAUGAUGUUCUACACUUGGCUCAAGUACCGAAACAAACAUCGGGAGAAAUUUUAUCAAGUCUAGAUUGUGUAGAUGACAAAUUACAAAGCAACAGCAAAAAAGAUGAUGAACUUUUGGGCACGCAAACAUUCUCAAUUUUGAAUAGUACAAAUACAACAAAUGACAUAAACCUGCAAUUAGAGGGUCCUGAAAAGCUCAAUGUUAUAUCUGAAACUCAACCUUACGAUGAUAAUUUGGAUGCAGUUGUAGGCAUGUGUUCUGGAAGCUUCUCGCAAAAUUUUGUCGAGUUUCAACCACCAACCACUCAAUCACAGCUAUCCCAGUCGCAACCUAUUGGAGAGGAUUUACUUAACAUGUGCACUGGCAACUUUUAUGAUAACCAGUUCGUAUCUCCAGCUGACAAUGAUAAAUUUAAUACUAGUGAUGAUAUCUCUCAAGAUCCUACACCAUGCGAGCCAAAAAUCGUUGAUAGUAUAGAAAAGAACAACAAAAACGUAUUGAAAUCAGUUCAAGAUCUUACACCAUGUGAGGCAAAAAUUGAUGAAAGUAUUGAAAAGAACAGAAAACAUGAUGAAAAUAUCUUGAAAUCAGUUCUUGAUGAAUUAAACGAGCCAGAAAUAGAAGUUGCCAAACCAUUGAAGUUCUUUUUUGAUGGCAAAAACAGUAAUGAACAAAAGAAAACAAAAAUGGAUAAAGAAAAUGAAGAACCUACUAAUACACAAGCUAAAAAGAGAUUUGUGAUUGAUUCUGAUGACGAGACUAAUGAUAAUACAGAAGAUAAAGGUGAACUGAAGAAGAAAAAGAAGUUUAAAAAGAAGAAACUUGAACAGCGUGCACUGCAGAUAUCAGACGAUGAAGAAGAAGAAUAUAGUGGACCAGAAGAGGCAGAUGAAUAUAUUUUAUCAGACAAUGAAAAUGAAGAGGAAAAGUUGGUGGAGUAUGAUUCUGAAGAAAAUGAGGUGGAAGUGCAACCUCAGCUAAUAAAGAAAAAAAAGAAGAAAGCAUCCGAAUUCUUCGAGCAAGAGGCCGAAUUGACGUCUGAAGACGAGUGGGUGGGGUCGGGCGACGAGGACGAGGCAGGCCUCGACCGCAUGGAGCGCGAGGAGGGCGAUGCUGAUACCUUCCACCAGGGCCGACUGCAGAGGGAGCUGGGGCAGAUACACAUGCGAGACGUGUUAGACCAAGACAAGCGUGAAGUGAGAUUGAUUCAGGAGUUGCUGUUUGAAGACGGAGACUUGGGCGGCGGAGGCCGACAGCGCAAGUUCCGCUGGCGAGAUGCAGAUGGCGAAGAAGCAACUGGGACUGUGCCAGAUGAAUUGAAAGACACUCAAGAGGAAGAGUUUGAAUCGGAGGAGCAGUGGCGCAAGCAGAGGCACGAAAGGGAAAUGUUCUUGAGGCAAUUGAAAAACGAAGGCGAAAAAGAAGAUGAUUUGGACGUCAGUGUGAAUCGGACAACGAUAAUUAAAGCUAAUCUCACCUCAAGAACCAUGUCCAGUCUGCUAGAAGAAGUCAAUCAGACUAAAGUCGAAGUGGCCCACACCUUUGCUGUUCCUGAGAAGAAGAAAGAUAUACCUAGCCCAAAGAAACCGUUCCCAGUAUUCCAGCAAAACUACCACGGCUCUCUACUAACCCGCGGGCGCGGUGCGUUAGCCCGACUUGCCGCGCUCGCAACACCACUGGUAGCAGACGACGACGCGCCCAAACCAGGCCGCCUGGCGCCUUCCAGCAAGAGGAACUUCGUCUUCGCCGCCAUCACACCCGAUGACGAACCUAAAGUAACCAAAAGGAAAGCUGAAACUAACGUCGGCACUCCAAGACUCGUGAAGAAAAUGAAGACUGAAGGUUCGCAGGACAAGCUAUUCCCGUACGCAGAGGAGAAUGUGAAGCAGUUUUUAGACAACCAAUGGGAGGCUGAAAACGUGAAGGAGGCCGUCGUCGCCCUGAGGAAGCUCGCUCUUGAGGACCAGGAGAAGAGCGUGGAAGGAGUCGUCGCUAUUCCUGGAGAGGACGCAUCGAAGGAAGAUCAGAUCGAAGGUCUGGUGAACAAUGUGAAGUGGCAGAUGUCAGCGGACCGCAAGGUCGGGCCGCUCAAGCAACUCCAAGGUCUGAUCUGGAAGCAGGGCUAUGACAGUGGCGACAUCAAGGGACAUGUUUACGAUGACGUCAUGCCGGCAUUGGAGCAGUGGCGUUCAGUAGACGAGCGCAAAGUAUACAUCUACUCGUCUGGCUCGGUCGACGCACAGAAACUCCUGUUCGGCCAGUCGCUGGCCGGCGAUCUGCUUCGCUUCAUCGACGGUCACUUUGACACCGCGGUCGGCGCCAAACAGGAGGCGGCCAGCUACGCAAAGAUAGUCGAGAAGAUUGGCUGCAAGGCUGAUGAGAUACUGUUCCUGACUGACAUUGUCAAAGAGGCCGAAGCGGCGCGCGCAUCUGGCCUGCAGACGGCGCUUGUCAGCCGUGAGGGCAACGCGCCUCUUCCAGCAGCAGCCUCUGAGGCGUUCGCAGUCAUUCACAGCCUGGAGCAGCUAGCAGCCUCCAAGAAACGCAAGCCCGACUCUCAGGAUGAGGUGCCAGAACUGCCGGCUAAGGUUCCCAAAACUGAUAUUGAGGACGACGUUAAGUCUGCGGCAGAAGCAGCACCUGCGGCCGUCGAAGAGACUGUACCUGAGGUGACGGAACCAGAACCAAAGAAAGAAGGCGACCAGCCUGAACAAAUGGAGGUGGAACAAGAAGAGACUGCCGCUCCCACCGAACAAGCGAAGGAAGACAAAGUCGAAGAUGUUCCAAUGGAAGAUACCGUCGUCGAAGAAGUUACAGACGCGAAAGAAAUCGAAAAUGUACCCGUCGCCGAUAUUGAACCAAUUAUCUCAGAAGAAAAGACUGAAGAAAAAGAGACUGAAAAAAUGGAAGCCCAAGUUAUAGAACCCGUGGAAGUAAAGACUAAUGGGGCUGCCGAGGUCAAGAAUGGUGAUGAUAGUGCGCCAGUCGCUGAAGAAACGCCACCUUCGACCGUGAUUACGGAAAUUGAGGAAAUUACCGGGAAGCAAGAUUUGGAAGAGGUCGGAGAAAUAAUUGAGGAUCUCGAACCAGUGAUUGAGGAACCUCCUGCUGUCGAAGAUAUGGAAGAUCUGCAGAAUGUCGGAGAAGUCCUAGAAAAAGAGUGCGAUGAAAUUUUGUCAAAGGUGCAGGACGUUACGAAUCUGGACAAUAUUCCUCUGAAACCGCUACUGAAUACGAUCGCCGAAGAAACGAUGGAGACUGAAAACACUGAUUCAAACGACAUCGUCGAUAGGAUAUUAGACACAGAAUUAGAGCUUGAAAUGAAGCAAUGCGGCGAUAUAGACCUGAAUACCGUUUCCGAAAUUACCGAUAAAAAGUCUGAAACAGCAGAGGAGAAAACGGAAAAGGUAGAAGAAAAAACAGAUGAAGUUCCUAAACCAGAAGAAAAACCUGCCGAGUCUGCAGCCGAAGAAAUGGUUACAGACGGAAACACAGUGAGCAACUCCUCAGAACCCGAAACGAAAACAGAAACAGCAGUGGCCGAAAAUAAAAUGGAUGAAAGCGCAGCGGAGGCGAGUAAAGUGGCGGAGCCCGUAGAAACCGAAGCAAAGCCAGCGCCCGAAGCGACACCGAUUACCGAAGCGCCCGUUGCAUCUGAAGCGACCGAUGUGACACCAACACCCGAAGUUCAACCAGAAUCCGAAUCGAAACCGACUCCCGAAGCCGACAGUAAAGAGGCAGAAGAGAAACCCGCUCCGGCUGUUGAGGAACCCGCACAUAAUGAGGAACCAGUUUCAGAGGAGGUCAAAGUCGAAAGCGAAACGAAGGAGCCCCAAAUGAACGGCAAAGCGACGAACGGUGAGAACGGUGACGCCGAGGUGAAAGUAAAUGGAGACGCGAGCAAGAACGAAGAACUAAACGCCAGGUUGUCCGUUGAGGAGAACGGGAAAGAAGUGGUUAACGGCUCCAAUGGCGCUAACGGGGACUCCACCGAUGCUGAGAAGGGACAGGGAGAUAAUAAACCGGAGCCCGACGUGGCCGACAUCAAAGUCAAGACUGUCGCCGUCGACGAGCCACGUACCGAUCCAAUAGAGCAACCUACGGAAGCAUAAAACACUUUUGUACGCGACGGACGGAAACAGCAGGGCGUAGCAGCGUUGUUGGUUCACAUCGGAAGAUUGACAAGACUGAGGUUGCUUCCACGCUAUCGUCAUCUAUACACACGCGUAUCGUGAGGUUUGCCCGAGCACCGCCGGCGGCUCACCAACCACUGGACAUUUGAAGCAUACCUUCGCCAAUGCGAAUAAUCCUGAACACAUUUGUAUCCAUUUUAUUUACUUUUUCUGUGCUAUUGAUAGUCUUUUGAGAAGAGUGAUAACAAUUCUGAAUGAUGCCCAAAACGUUCCAGGGUAAUUUGUAAUGUAACAUCUAUUUUUAGAUGUAACGCAACUCAUGAUCCCUGCAAAAUUAAAUACAUAAUGUGAAUUUUUAUGAACUAGAUAUUGAAAUUGUGGACAAGAAACGUUGUGGAUUGUGGUUCUUUUACUAUUUCAAUACAAGCAUGACGCUUGUAAAAGUUGCUUGUAUUGAUAGCACAAUCACAAUGUAGGUUUCAGCAUUUUGUAUUUAGUUUUGUUUUGUACGUAACCAGCUAUAAUUAAACGGUUUUAUUUAUUUCUGUGAUGUUGCAGGAUCGAUCGCAUUGGACGGUAUUCCUUCCGUAGUUUUAAAUUAUGAUAAGUAAUAAUGGAAUGUUAGGGCGCGUAGAUUAAGGUCGCAUCACUAUGGUUAUUAUUAGACAUUCCUGUAAGCGAUGACAGUGGUGGGUGCAGCGCUUCGGGCUUUAGUUACUGUUUUUAAGAUGCCAAGUCCAUGGUGCUUUACUCUUGAAUAGCGAGCGUGACGUUCUCGUCAAACUGCUAGCACAAUAAAGGAUUGGAUUGUAAAUCGCAAGAAAUAUUGUCAGUCGGAUCGUGGCCAGCUAUUUCCGAUAUAAUCCUUUACUUCUGUUGGCCAUAAAGUGGAAGGAACCUCAUUAAAAAUCGCAAAUCUGAGUUGGUAUAAGGAUUCCUAUUUAUUUUAAUUUGUGACUGUGAUGAUUUUCAUUCAAAUAUUGACACUUAUCGGAUGAGUGUCAACGUAACCAGCUCAGUUUAGUUGAGGGUGUCGACCAAGGAACGUCACGCGCGCCCGACGAGCCGGCUGUGCACUCGCGUCACCGUUUUUCGUAUUUGACCCUAGUUAAGAUUAUUCUUAAGUAUUAACUGUAUUGUGAUUCUUAAUUAUUCGUAUAUAUUACUCGAUUUUCUUAAAUUUCACCCACUGCCAAACAACUUGUGCCUCUCUAUUGAUGUUGGUCCCCGCUGCGUGUUGUGAUAUUGCUACGAUGAGAAGACUGUGAGAUUAGGGAACGAAAUUUGGGCUGUGCUGUGCUAUAGGGAAUAUUUUAUUGAAGUGAAUACAGAAACUGUAUGUUGAAUUUUAGUUAAGUUGAUAAUAUUAUUUUAACGCAUUUUGACUGAAUUUAAGUAUUAAUUAAUGAAAACCGUGAAUUGUAUCGUAUAGGUCGUGUAUUCUAAAGUUUAGGCUUUGGGUACAUAAAAUGGAGGUGAAUUUGAGGUAUCACAAAUUAAUUAGUUUCAUUUAGGUUUGUUGUUGUUGUUUUUUUUUAAAUAGACGUGCCCAAACGCGUUUGUUUACGCAUUUACUAGGCGGCUGUCACGUAUGGACAAAUGAGGGGAAACGCUUGUGCGAAUAAAGACUGCUAUUACUUUUUCUAACUAGUCAAACUGUAUAUUGAAUCUCUUACCUGUCAAUAACGCUUGAUUUUUUCCAUAAUAUGUCACUAGGUACUAUUUUUUGAUCUUUUAUUGUAGGGCCUAAACAACUUUCUCCUUUUUAAUAACUUAGCUUUAAGGACUUUGGGAAAGUACAGCGUUGAGACCAACAUCAAGAGGAGGCGCACUCUUCUUCGUUUAGACUGAUUUUACAAUUUCAAUACAAACUUCUCCACUAUUAUUAUUUCUUGUCAGAAAAGUAUGAAAUGUAACAAAGUUAUGCACGGAUCGCAAUUUCUGACACGGGAUAAUGAUAGUGUGGUACCUUAUAAUAAGUAUACAUACAACAUUUUAGUUCAUACAUUUAUUUGUAAAAAUUGACAAAUUACAAUGUCGAACGCAAUUGAAAUAAUUUUUAAUGUCACCAACUAAUGAUGUUGAAAUAUAAUGGAUGUAGAAUUUU